AUGGCUUUGAAAAGCCCCGGACACAGAUCAGUUAACCAAUCUUCGCUUCAGAGCACCCAUCGCACUCAUGAAAGCACUUCCAACCCUCCAAGGCAACGAUCUCCAUCUCAGCCGCGGUUGCCCUUCCAGAGCUUGAACGAGACUUCUGUCCUUCUCCGCCCUCCUGGGCCUCUCGAGAGUAUGCUCAAAACAACUACAGAGACGGGCGACCUGGGUAUUUAUUCCAUCAACCUGCCGUCUUUGGGCACACGUCAUCACCAACCUCGCUCAAGAGACAGCCACGGGGACAAGAAACGACAGUCUAGGUCUCGACAAGAUGGCCCCAAGUACGGUGCAACAAGGGACGAUCGCAAACUGCUACCCUCAUAUCGAGACCCUACGUCCGAAAUUCUGUCUCUAUACGGCGGUUCUCGAACCCCUUGUUCCAGGUCCUACUCUCCAACUUCGGAGGAUCAGCGUUCGCACUCCCUAACAACUUGUAGUUCAAGGCGAGUGCCUUCCUACAAAUCUUCAGGGAUAUUCAGCAGUCAACAAAGCAAUAGUGGGCUUCAACGUCCUCGCUCACCGUUUCCAUAUCCAGCGCGUCUGAAGCGGCCUGGGAUUCGGCCUUCUUCGCCAGCAGUGGCAGAUAACGGCCUCGUUGGUUACAGAGAAAUGGUUGAGAUUGACAGGUCCGCGCACCGCACAACUUCUGGGUCAUACAUGACGAGAGGCUGUCUCAGGUAUCGCCAAUACCCCCCUUUGUCUCUGAGACCAGAGUGCAGUCGUUCGACGUCUUCGCUACCUAUACGCACAUCAUCAGCACAUUAUUACGAAUCGGUAUUAGACUCUUCAGAGGGCCUGAUACAGGUGUAUCCCAAAUCUCCAUAUAGCCAGUUCGUGGCAGGAGACCAGAGUAUUCGCUCGGCUAGCCCGACUUCUGUCGUAGAAAUGUACCAGUGCAGAUCACCGGAUGGCUCUACCCAACCCAUCCGUUCUCCCUACUCCGUUUACUACGACUACACCGAAGAACGCGAUGAGGAAUUCCCGGACAAACUGUCAAAUGAGUCGCCAGUUUGUUCUCCUGGCGGAAACUUCAAGAACAUUUCACCCGGGAAUGCUGUGCAGGAUGCAAGCGGGGAAAUCGACACUCCCGGGCGUAAAAGCAAUGGGAUCAAGUCAGCCCUGUCUAUAUCCAGCAUUCACCGGCGACUCAUUGGCGAACUCAACUAUGGCACGAAUAAUCAGAAUAUCUCAAUACCAACGAAAAGAAGCUACCUAUCGUUUACGCCGCCGGUACAAACGCAGCCACAAAAUCAGAUGGGUUCUCGUGAUAUUGUAACUUCGACUCCAGCGGAACGUGUGUCAGCUGUUCAAUCUAGUGACUCGAGUGACGAUGACUGGGUAUGGGAUAAACCAGAAGGUGAUGCAGCCAUUAAGGAUAGCCCAAUUGUUCGGGGUGUUUCUUGUCUUCCCUCCAAGGCGACUGGUCCAUGCCUCCAUGAACGGAGGCCACAGACGAAUGAGAAUGAUGCAGUUAUAAAGCUGCCUUCUUGUCAGGAACACCAUUGUCUCAACGCUAACACAACUAUUGGAGACGAAGGUCACACAAACAAACAGGUUACAGACGAGAAGAAUGUGCAGGAAUCAAACGCGCAUGCAACGAUUCUGUCGCCCAACCCCAUCUCACCUACACAUCAGCUGAGACUAUCGAACAAUAUAACACAACUGAUGAAGCCCUUACCACCAUUGCCUCAUGAGAAGCAAUGUAACAGCCAAAAUCCAUGUGCAGCCUCAUAUGAAUAUACCAAAGACCACACGAGGAUUUCGUUCGCCGGCAGCCCUAUCGAUACCUCUAUUGCUGUUCGGCCAGGAAGUGGUACCGGCAAGACGUCCUUAGAGCCUGUGUUCGGCGGCAAGGACUUGAGGACCCCGUCUCAUCAGUGGAUACAGAGUCAGCCUCAAAUGAACCAAUCGCGAUUUAAAGUUCGCGUGAAGUCGUCUCAGUCAACUGGGCUUCACAGCAAAUGGAUCGCGGAUUCUCCCAAAGUGCCGGGAAGAAGCUCCAGUAGUCCUGUCAAGCCCAGACUCAGGCUCAAGGUAUCUCGAAACCGCGUGAGCAGUAAGUUGAUGAGCCCCCGUGAUACUCAUGUACACAAUGAGGGUCUUCGACAACACAAGUCAUUCCUAGAGUUGGGAAAUGUUCCUCGGCGAGAAGCCUCGUCGGACGGGUCAAGUUUUGGGGAAGCACUUGAGGAACAGUUGGUUCAGAUCAAUUCCGACAAACGACUUUCUAAUAUUGACGAGGGUACCGCACGAGGGCGUUCACCACAGAUAUCUGACCAAUUCGACAUUUCUUAUCCAUCCCCAGCAGAAGAAAUAAUAGUAGCUGAAUUAGUGCCUCGAUCAAAUCGAGAGAGUAGUCCAGAUCCACCCGACCGACAGCAACAGAACUUCGUCAACAGACCCAGCCUGAGACCCUUGAGGUACAAGACGCCUGGUCUUCAGUCAAAUAGAGCGACGAAGGUAGAAGGGAUGCAACUAUGGGCUCCGUCCAAUAUUCAUGAAAUCAAUCUGGCAACAUUGGGUUGCGACAUUGUUUCUGAUUCAGACAAAUCUACCUUGGCGCCUAGCCAAAUUACUGUGAUGCUGUCACAACGACUAAGAAACAAGACGCUGCGAGUGAAGCGCUGGGUGUUAGAGCUAAAGCGGACAGUACAAAUUUUGAUGAGGAGAGCCCAUAAUCGACGGCAAUAG